AUGGGAAUUUUUCAAAUAUUUUGUAUUAUCUCAAGUAUUGUAGGCAUUAUAAGUAACGCCUUAAUUGUUAUCCUAUCAAUAAUUAAAUCUGACAAUUCAAAUAAGGAUGUUCAUAGCACUUUUGCUCAUAUAUGUUGUUCAGCUAUUAUUAUAGCAAUAGCAAUUGUUUUUACCAUGCCAGAAGAGAUAAGAAGUGAGUCAUCAUUAAUAAAAAUACCACAUGGAAUUUUAUCAAAAUCAUCUGCUAGUAUUUUAUCAGCAGUAACUGGUUUACAAAUUGGUUGUUACAUAUAUAUUCUUUUAAAUUUAAGUAUUCUUUUUUUGAAUCGUUUUAAUGUUAUGUGUAAUAAAAAUAAUAUGUCAACAUUAUUUAGUGAAAGGAAUAUGAAAAUUUUUACUGGAUUUGCUAUAACAAUUUCAAUAAUUCAGAUGGUUUUUGUUUAUACUUCAACAGCCCAAACUGAUAUAUUAUGGGAACGUUUAAAUAGGACAACAAAUAUAGUUGAUGAUUUAUAUGAGAAACAAGAAUUAUCUGCAACAUACCUAAAAAAUCAACAAAUACAAUUAAAUAAUCAAAAACAAAUAGAAUCUGAUAUAGUUGUUAAAAAUGGUGUACAUAAUAAUAUUUCAUCGAAUGGUAAAGAUCAAAAUCGUGGACAGAUUGAAGCAACAAGAAGUAGAAUAAAUGUAUAUGGUAGUGAUUAUAAUGUUAAUCCAAUGGUAUGGGGAUCAGAAGGUCUUUUUCUUUUAAUAUUCAUUGCUUCAUAUGUUACUAUAAUAAUAUCAAGUGUAUUUAUAAGAAAAUCAUUAAAAACUCAACAAAGUGAUAUGAGUGAUAAAAUGAAAGAAAGACAAAAAGGAAUGUAUACCUCACUUAUUUUUUAUUCAAUAUUACCAUGUGUUAUUACAUUAAUUACAUAUAUUAACUUUUUCCAAGGAAUGAUAACAGGUUCUUUUUUAAUUAUUUAUCAAGGAUACCUCACAACAAUUAUGACAUCAUUAAUACCACCAUUACUAGGAAUAUUUGUAUUUAUAUUUGUUAAAUUUUACCGUCAAUCAUUUGCCCAAAUUAUAUUAAGAAAAAAAAAAAAAGAAGUUAAGACAGAGGCACUUCCUGAGAUUGAUUCAAGUGAAGGAAAACAAAGACUUACAACAUCACAAAUGAAAGGAAUGCUUAAUCAAGGAUUAGAAGACUCAGUUGUGACAAUGCCUCAAUAA